AUGGAGAGUUGUCCCACCAUUACUAAUACACCAUGUAUUCUUCAUAGCGGAGACGGGGAAUGGCAACGUGUUGAACCCAACAUAAUGGUGGCAAAUUUCUGCGAGAAAAUUGAUGAGGAAUUUUUUGAAAAUCAGCCGAUAAAAAGUGAUUGCUUCCGAGAUUUCUUAGAGUCUCUUGAAAAAUACAGCGCUUACCAACAGGUUAUCCCUUUUAUGAAAAUGCUCAACCCCGAAUACGGCAACACACCGGAUAAAUUGUUUGAAUUGCUUUUAAAAAGUAUCCAGGAACAUGAACAUAGGGGCAAAAACUUGAAUGUAAAGUGGAGAGAAGAAUAUUCAACCGAUCUCUGCUGGUUGGCUGAAUGGAUAGCAGAACACAAUAGUCGAAAUUUCAGUCCCAUUUUCUACUUGAAUAUUGUAAAAGAUAACUCACCCGUCAACUGGAGAUCCCAGUGUUUGCUGAUUGAAAUUUACGACCAAUUUUCUGGGGAAUUUCCCGAUAUUUUUUCCAAAGGCCGUAUAGGACGCUCUUUACAUGGAAUAGCCGUUAAAAUGCCAUCUCUGGUGCCUUUAUUACGCAAAUCGGUUGCCACAUCCGACAGCUGUGCCGCGUUACAACCAGAGAAAUUGUUGCGGCUCAUGGAAUUCAUUGCAAUGGAUUUGGACCGACAAAGUGAAAUCACAAGGCAGCAGUUGCCGGAGUUUGAGCUACUACCUUUCAGCGACUGGUAUCACCAUUUAAGAAGCAAAAUGUUGGAAAAGGAAAUCGAUCGGCUGCUCAUCAGUGAUUCGAAUAUUCAAAAAAAAAAUAAAAAACUUAGAAAUGAGGCCGUUUACAUGUUACUAGAACUCGAAUUCCAAAACAACCAAAAGUUUUGUGACGACUUAUUGAAAACGUUUCGUGACUGGAAGGCCGUUUCUCGUUUGCAAAAUGAUCUGUAUCCAGGAGCGAGUCCUGACCAAGAAUAUGACGAAAGAAACGUUGACGAUAUCAUAGAAAAGAUGAAAAAAUACACGCCAACGGUUGACUACGAGUUAAUCACAGAUAAAAUAUAUCCGCAGAUGUUGACUAACGUGCAAGAAAGAGUGAGGGAAUCUACAUUAAUGUCAGACCAAAUGGAAGGAUUUGACAAACAAGAAUUCAAGAAGCAGCAGGAAAGUAUACGGAAUUUGAUCAAGAAAUGGAAGAAAAAUGGGUUAGAACUGAAGGAAAGAAAGUCCACAGUGGAUUUUCUUUUUGUUUACGAUUACGCCGUACAAAAAACGUGUACGAAGAAACCAGACAAAAUAUUUCGACUACGCGACAAUCAGAGAGUGGCUAUUAUGACAUUGCUGACAUCUGAAUUCGAAAACCCGUCAUCUAAAUACACAACCACCUUAACGCAAGUAUCAACCGGUGAAGGCAAAUCGCUCAUCGUCACUGCUGUCGCAAUCGCAUAUGCUCUUUGCCGAAACAAAGAUAAAAAGAAUAAGAAAAUCGAUGUUAUUACAAGUAAUGAAGUGCUGGCUCGUCGUGAUUCUACGCUGUCAGUGGCUGAUGGUGGACUGCGAGAUCUUUAUGAAUAUUUCGAUGUCAGCGUGGCAAACAAUUGUAGCCACAGCGAGGACGAACGAACCCAAGCCUAUAAUGCAGCAGUCGUUUAUGGAAAAUUGGCCAAUUUCCAGCGAGAUUAUUUACUGGAUAAAUUCUACGGUCAUAAUAUCAGAGGUGACCGCACCAUGGACCUUGUCGUUAUUGAUGAAGUCGAUUGCAUGUUGCUCGAUCGCGGAAACGAUACGCUGUACCUAUCGCACGACAUCCCCGGCAUGGAGAUGCUCGAAUCUCUUUACGUUUUUAUAUUGGCAAAGAUACGCAGCUCUUCCACCAGAUCGGAUAAAUUAACCGUAAAGGAAUUCGUUAAAUCAGCCGUUCUGUACGACCUUUACGGUGCUAUAACUAAAGACGAUUUAGAAUUGAUUCACGGCCCAUUGAAGGACCAGCCAUCGGAAAAGAACGCUAUCUGGAAUCACUUGAUUGAAAAAAAAGUAAUCGACCCACAAGGACGACUAUUGAUGGAUGAUAAAUUCGAAAAAAUCAAUUUCGAACCACAAAUGGAUUCCAAGAUUAGCUUUUACCUCCGUAACGUGGCGCAACGCGAGCGAAGUAUUCGGUUACCUGAACAUUUGAUGUCCUUUGUCGAUCGUCAUCUUGACAGUUGGCUGGACAAUGCCAUGCAGGCACUGGAACUCAAACGAGACGAGGACUACGUUGUCGAUCAAGACCGAACAGACACCAGCCCAGAUCUCCAUCCUCAAGUAAUUAUUAUUGAUCAGGACACAGGGAUGGACCAGAUCUCAUCACAGUGAGAUGGAGCACUACAUCAAUUUAUUCAGCUAAACGAAGGCUGCAAAUUGACGCCACAAAUUCUAAGAGCCAUUUUCAUUUCUAAUGCGGCUUACGUCAAGGCUUAUAAUAAAGCAGUGGGCGUUUCGGGCACGCUGGGAUCUGAAACAGAACGACUGUUUUUGCAUGAAAAAUACAAAUGCAUUCAGUUUGUCAUCCCAACAGCUUUCCAGAAACGUUUCUACUUGAAACCAACGCAAGUCUUUAAAUCAAAGGACCACUGGCUCCAUGCCAUCGUCAAAGAAACACAACAUAUUAUCCUUCCUGAAGAUCAAGCUGAAACUCGUUCUCUCGUCAUCUUCUGUCAAUCCAUCAAAGAUGUGAACGAUAUUCGCCGUUACCUUAAAACUGCAUUAGGACCAAAGCUCAAUGAUGACCACGUCCAUUGCUACACACGUGAUUAUGAAAAGUUUGCUUUCGAAGGGAAAUCACUUGAAGUUGGUCGUGUGAUCAUCGCCACUAACUUGGCGGGCAGGGGCACGGAUAUCAAAAUAAGCGAAAAGUUGAGGGUAAACGGAGGUCUUCAUAUUUGUCUGACUUUUUUGCCGAAAAAUGAGCGGAUAGAAGAGCAGGCGAUGGGACGUGCUGCUAGAAAUGGCGUACCGGGAAGUGGAAUCUUUCUAUUGUACGAAGAAUCGCCAACAGGAAUAAAAUGGGGCGCAGGAAAAUGGUUAAGCCUGAAGGAAGAGCGCCAAUGGAAAGAAUGCCAACGGAUAUCCCGUUUGAAAGAAGAUUUCAGGACAAUGGAACUUCAACAAGAAUUUUUUGGCGAUUUAUCGAAUUAUUACACUACACUGAAGAAAGAAUUGAGAAAGCAAAAACGUGGAGAUCAGGAAAUUAAGACGAUCUGCAACAGUGUAAUGGAUAUAUGGGCUUUGUGGCUUGACGAAACAGAGGAUCAUUUGAAACUAACUUGUAACUAUUAUACUGAAUUACUCGAAAAUUUUCAUGUUGGACUUGGACUGCCAGAAAGCAACACAAGAGACUGCAGUUGGAUGACGCCAGUACGAUCUGUUGUCAUGGCCAAAAAUUUGGCUCUACAAAAGUCAUCGCUGUCGGAGGCAGCUGAAAUUCUGAAUCGAGUCAUUGAUUCAAAGGACAGUGAUCUUUAUCCUGCUGCUCAUUACUACUCUGCUUUCAUUUUGAUUCAAGAAGAUUUUGAAGAAAGCAAAAUUAAAUUCAUUCAAAAGGUGCAAAGGUGCGAGACUAUUUUGAACAAUCACAUAGACAUGCACUUAUCCUUUUACCGCAAAGUCGCCCAUGUAGUGCCUGAACAAACCCCAUCGUUCUGCGUCGUGGACGCCUAUAAGCAGCAAAAAAACAAUGUGGUAAUAAUCCUCGAAUAUUUCCUCGGUUCCGUCCGGGCCUUAGUUGGCACUCACUAUUGCUCAGCCUCCAAUCUGAGGGAAGCUGGGCGAGAUGCCCCCGAAAAGCUUGGCAUAGCAAAAAGGGCAUUGAAAAAACUUGAAACAUUCGUACAGAAAGAACCUCCGUUACAUUUCGAUUUUUUUGGAAAUGAAACAAAAUUAAAUGGUGAACCUAAACGCCACAAAAUCAGUCCCGCUAGAGCGGACGAACUCUUUCGAUCGCUGGUCAAAAAGAAGUGUAUCGCUUGCCAGCUCAACAACAUCCCUAAUAGGGACGCCAUUCAGCAAGUAGCCAACGAAUACGGAAUCCCGAAACUGUUAGAAAAAUUAGUGCCCGUCUUUGGAGAGAACUUCACUGAGGAGGAGAUCGAGAAAAAACUAAAAAAAGAAAAAGUGAUCCCUUGUACGAGAAAGGUGUUUUGGAAGAAGCUGAAGAAGGCAUGUGCCCUAGAGGCGGUGAAAGAUGGAUUAUGCUCUAAAAUGAAAUGCAUCAUCAUAACUGUCUAA